AGGAGGAGAGAGGAAGUUCCUCUUCCGGGUCACCCACGGGAGGAGGACGGAGGCGUCGGCGGAGCCUCUUGUGCUGCUCGGAGGGCGGAAGCGGCUCCUGGGAGUCACAACUCCACCCUGGUAAUACACCAGAAGACUCAUAUGGGAGGGACACCCUUUGCAUGUCCUGACUGUGGCAAAUGUUUCAGUAGGAAUUCCCACCUGGUGACACACAAGAGGAUUCAUACCCUGAAGAAACCAUAUGAAUGUCCAGAGUGUGGGAAAAGUUUCAGAUGUAAUUCCAAACUGAUAUCACAUCAGACGAUUCACGCGGGAGAGAAACCGUAUGAGUGUCGAGAGUGUGAGAAAUUUUUCAGUCAUAAUUCCACCCGGGUGACACACCAGAGAACUCACACAGAGGAGAGAAACCAUAUGUGUGUCCUUAGUGAGGGAAAAGUUUCAGUCGUAUUUCCAGUGUGAUAAGACACCAGAGGAUUCACACAUGAGAAAAACCGUAUGAUUGCUCAGAAUGGGGAAAAUAUUUCCGUAAUAAUUCCGACCUGAUGACACACCAGAGGACUCACACAGAGGACAAACUGUAUGAGCGUCCAGAUUGUGGGAAAAAUUUCAGUCAGAAUUGCGGCCUAAUGACACACCAGAGGAUUCAUUUCCAGGACAAAUUGUAUGAAUGUCGAGAGUGUAAGAAAAGUUUCAGUCAUAAUUCCAGCCUAGUGAAACACCAGAGGACUCACACAGGAGAGAAACCGUAUGAAUGUUCAGAAUGUGGGAAAUGUUUCAGUCAGACUUCCAACCUGGUGACACACCAGAGGACUCACACAGGACAGAAACUGUAUGAAUGUCCAGAAUGUGGGAAAAGUUUCAGUCAGACUUCCAACCUUGUGAAACACCAGAGGACUCAUACAGGAGAGAAACCGUAUGAAUGUUCAGAAUGUGGGAAAUGUUUCAGUAACACUUCCAACCUGGUGGCACACCAGAGAACUCACACAGGAGAGAAACCGUAUCAGUGUCCAGAUUGUGGGAAAAGUUUCAGGCACACCUCCAGCCUUGUGCAACACCAGAGGACUCACACAGGAGAGAAACCGUAUGAAUGUUCAGAAUGUGGGAAAUGUUUCAGUAACACUUCCAACCUGGUGACACACCAGAGGACUCAUACAGGAGAGAAACCAUAUGAGUGUCCAGAUUGUGGGAAAAGUUUCAGUAACACUUCCAACCUGGUGACACACCAGAGGACUCACACAGAGGACAAACUGUAUAGGUGUGCAGAAUGCGGGAAAUGUUUCAGUCAGAAUUCCAAACUUGUGCAACACCAGAGGAUUCACAAAGGAGAGAAACUGUAUGAAUGUCCAGAAUGCGGGAAAUGCUUCAGUAAGAAUUCCAACCUGGUGGCACACCAGAGGAUUCACACAGGAGAGAAACCGUAUGUGUGUCCAGAAUGUGGGAAAAGUUUCAGCCGCAAUUCCAACCUGGUGAAACACCAGAGGACUCACACAGGAGAGAAACUGUAUGUGUGUCCAGAAUGUGGGAAAAGUUUCAGCCAGAAUUCCAAUCUCGUGACACACCAGAGGACUCACACAGAGGACAAACUGUAUGAGUGUGCAGAAUGUGGGAAAUGUUUCAGUUACAAUUCCAACCUGGUGAGACACCAGAGGAUUCACACAGGAGAGAAACCGUAUAUGUGUCCAGAAUGUGGGGAAAGUUUCAAUCAUAUUUCUAGUCUGAUAAGACACCAGAGGAUUCACACAGGAGAAAAACCGUAUGAAUGUUCAGAAUGUAGGAAAUGUUUCAGUAAUAAUUCCGAGCUGGUGACACACCAGAGGACUCACACAGGAGAGAAACCGUAUGAAUGUUCAGAAUGUGGGAAAAGGUUUAUUAAUAAUUCCAGCCUUGGGAAACACCAGAGGACUCACACAGGAGAGAAACCUUAUGAAUGUUUAGUAUGUGGGAAAUGUUUCAGUUGGUAUUCCAACCUGGUGACACACCAGAGGACUCACACAGGAGAAAAACCGUAUGUGUGUCCAGAAUGCGGGAAAAGUUUCAGUCAUAUUUCCAGUCUGAGAAAACACCAGACAAUUCACACAGGAGAAAAACCAUAUGAAUGUCCAGAAUGCGGGAAAUGUUUCAGCAGUAAUUCCAACCUGGUGAUGCACCAGACGACUCACACAGGAGAGAAACUGUAUGAAUGUCCAGAAUGUGGGAAAUGUUUCAGUAGGAGUUCCAACCUGGUGACACACCAGAGGAUUCACACAGGAGAGAAACCAUAUGUGUGUCCAGAAUGUGGGAAAAGUUUCAGUCAUAUUUCCAGUAUGGUAAGACAUGAGAGGACUCACACAGGAGAAAAACCGUAUGAAUGUCCUGAGUGUGGGAAAAGUUUCAGUCAGAAUUCCAGCCUAAUGAAACACCGGAGGACUCAUUUCCAGGACAAAUUGUAUGAAUGUCGAGAAAAGUUUCAGUCAUAAUUCUAACCUGAUGAGAGACCAAAGGACUCACAGCCUUGAUAUAGGUUAAUUACCUGUUUCUGGUGAUGAGCAGAACUUUCAUGAUAUUUCCUUUUGCAGAGGUGUGGAAUUCUUCAAGAAGGCUUUUGGGUGGUAUUUUUUUAUAUUGAUUAUUGAAUUUCUGCGAUUAGAGUUUCCAUUUUCUACCUUGGUGUCCUCCAGAUUUUGAAUGCCAGAAUUUCCCAACUAAAUACAAGUAGUCCUCGAGAUAUAAUGGUAAUGGGGCCUAUCUAUUACGGUUUUAUGGUCAAUGAAUGUGUGAGUUAUUAAGCGGUGGAGAUCACUGAACCUUAUUUUGGGAAAAGAGGACAGGACAUGGAUCCCUGGGCCACAUGAUUGUGUUGUGGAAGCAGCCAUCAUUUUCAUUGUGCCUGGAAUUCAUGGUGAUAACAGGGAUCAAACAUGCCAUCCGUAAUGUGUCCCUUCAUGCCCACAAGAGGUUUAAAUCCAGCCCACCUUGAAUUUCUUUGACUCUUAUAUACUUCCAAAUUGCUUUUUUCCAAGUUUCAACCAACUUUUAUAUUUCUAAUAAUAAUACACAUAUUAAAUUGCGG